GAUUAAAUGAAUUAGCUUUCCUUUGCUGUCAGUGAAGAGUCAAUUUGGUCGUCCCAAAUCCACAUUUCAGAGUACCUACGGGAAAAUUUGCCGAGGAUACCUUUAUGAGAAAGCUGUCUCCUGAUAUUCUUACAACUUGAGGAGCUAAAAAACAGCAAAGCAGAAGAACAUCGUGUAUUUGUCCCCGAUUUUAAAUAAGCAGCAUUCAGCUGACGUUUUUGGUGACAUGGACCGAAUGGAACUUAAGAAAGUAAGCACUGAGCAUGAUGAUGACAGUGCCGAUAGCCUAGAUGACCGAUUUACCGAGCCUAUUGAUUCAGAGAAGGUAACAAUUAAUAGCCAAUACUGUGAUGAAGACGAUGCUGAAAGUCAGAAGUUUCUUACAAAUGGAAUGCUGAAGAAGAAUUAUGAAGAGUGCCAUGAUGAAUAUCACCCAGGGACCACCUCCUUUGGGAUGUCAGUAUUUAACUUGAGCAAUGCCAUUAUGGGGAGUGGCAUCCUUGGUCUGUCAUACGCCAUGGCCAACACUGGAAUUCUGCUGUUUGUAGUUCUUCUGCUGGGAGUAGCAAUAUUAUCAUUGUAUUCUGUGCAUCUUUUACUGCAGACAUCAAAAGGAGGAGGCUCUUUAAUAUAUGAGAAACUAGGAGAAAAGGCUUUUGGAUGGCCAGGAAAAAUUGCUGCUUUUGGAUCUAUAACGCUCCAGAAUAUUGGCGCGAUGUCAAGCUACCUCUUCAUUGUAAAGUAUGAGCUUCCUGAAGUCAUUCGGGCAUUUAUGGGACUUGAGGAAAAUUCUGGUGAGUGGUACCUAAAUGGAAACUACCUGGUGAUUUUUGUGUCAUUUGGCAUUAUCCUUCCACUUUCAUUACUCAAAAAUCUUGGCUACCUUGGAUAUACCAGUGGCUUUUCUUUGACGUGUAUGGUGUUCUUCUUGGUAGUUCUGAUCUACAAAAAAUCUCAGAUCCCUUGCCCACUACCUUUAUUGGACCACCAUUAUGCAAACCAAACCUUUAAUGUAUCUGUGCCAAUGCCUUCAUACAUGCUACUCAAUGGAACAGUCAAUCAGGAUGCCGGUGAUGUGGAGUUCUCUCAUGGGGGCACAAGUGUUCAUGUAGAUCAGUAUUCUGAGGGUGCAGUACCUGCCAAUGGAGUACACUUUGAACCUCACAAGGAAGACAUGUGCAAGCCAAAAUACUUUGUGUUCAAUUCACAGACUGCUUAUACGGUACCCAUCUUGGCAUUUGCAUUUGUGUGUCACCCAGAGGUCUUGCCAAUCUACAGUGAACUCAAAGGUCGUUCACGGAAAAAGAUGCAGAAUGUUUCCAACCUGUCUAUAGCUGCAAUGCUCAUCAUGUACCUAUUGUCAGCCCUUUUUGGAUACCUUACAUUCUAUGAUAAUGUGGAGGCAGAAUUGCUUCACACAUUCACCAAAGUGUACAAGUUCGAUACUCUGCUUCUGCUGGUCCGCCUGGCAGUGCUGACAGCUGUGACGCUCACUGUCCCCAUUGUGCUCUUUCCAAUCAGAUCUUCAAUCACAACACUCUUGUUUGCUGGUAGAGAGUUCAGCUGGAUUCGACAUUUCCUAAUUGCUGCAGCCUUGCUAUUCUUCAACAAUCUCUUAGUCAUAUUUGUACCAACCAUUAGAGAUAUUUUUGGUGUCAUUGGUGCGUCUGCUGCAACUAUGCUCAUCUUUAUUCUCCCAGCUGCAUUCUAUCUUCGACUGGUAAAGAAUGUUCCCCUGCUGUCGGCUCAAAAGAUUGGGGCACUUGUAUUCCUCAUCGUUGGAAUUAUUUUCAUGAUUGGGAGCAUGACCCUCAUUGUUCUUGACUGGAUUCAUCACCCACCUGGCUCAGGUGGCCACUAGUGUUCUGAAGCUGGAAGAUUAUGCACUGAUACCUGGAAGUGUCAUUCUCCUGGUAGAAAUACGCUAAUAAAGUGAGCCCGUUCCAUUUGAGGAGAUGCCAUUCCACACUGGUGUUAAAAUGAUCCAGAGACUGAGUAUUAGUGUUUUACUAGGGAUCUUUAAAAAAAACAUACCCGCCCAGAUUGUUUCUUAUUUAUAUGUUAAAAAUAUGGAUUAUUUGAGGGUUCCUUUAAAGAUGUUUUGCUGUGUAUUUUUGUUUUUUAGACAUUUCUAGAGCAGUAACAGUAUAGCUGGUCAUUAUGGACAGCAAAAAAAUCAUUCAAAGAUAUUGAGUGUACCUGAUAGUCAUAUACUGGUGAAAAACGUUGCCAAAAUGUGGUUGCACACAUGCCUUUCUGCUAUUGCCAUGUGUGUGCAGCCUAAGUGAGGACUGAUAUUUGCAGGUCAAAGCCAAUAAUCACCUUAAGUGUAAUUUUACUACUGUUUUCUGGGGGGAGAAAGGCGAACCUGACCAAAAUAGCUGCAUUUCUUCAGCUCAGUUUUGGAUAUUGGAGGUACUGACCAUUGUGUUUUUAAGGGCCACAGUACCUAUGCACUUACCAAUAAGGGAAAUGUUUAGCUUAGAAGAACAGCAGUUUUAACUCCUUAUGUCUUCAGAUAUACAUUUUAUUUAUGUGCAAAC